UCCCGCCGCAUGUAAACAUUAAACGACGCGGCUGGUUACAAACAUAUCUGCGUCUGCUUAAACGUUGUUAAUUUGUCCCGGAGAGGGAGUAAAAAAACAGACAGGAUGGAAAUUGAAAAUGCUCGUCCAUAUUUCUUUGGAGACAUCGGCUGCUGGUCAGAGAGAACAGAGGUGCACAAGGCGGCGUCCCUCGGCCAGACCUCCCAGCUGCAGCGUCUCAUCCAAAGCGGAGCUUCAGUCAAUGUGGUGGCGGUGGACUCCAUCACGCCGCUGCACGAGGCCUGCGUCCGCGGACAGGCCCAGUGUGUCCGGCUGCUGCUGGAUGCUGGAGCCCAGGUGGAUGCGAGGAACGUAGACGGGAGCACCCCGCUGUGUGACGCCUGUUCAGCUGGUAGUUUGGAGUGUGUUAGGCUCCUGCUGGAUCAUGGCGCCAAGACCAACCCCGCCCUCACCUCCCGCACGGCCUCGCCCCUCCACGAGGCCUGCAUGGGAGGAAAUGCUGACUGUGUGAAGCUCCUGAUCGCCAUGGGUGCUUGCCUGGAGGCAUACGACCUUUACUACGGGACCCCGCUGCAUGUGGCUUGUGCUAACGAACACACAGACUGUGUUAAAGAGCUGCUCAAUGCAGGUGCUAAAGUGAAUGCAGCCAGGCUACAUGAGACUCCGCUGCACCACGCUGCUAAAAACACACAAGCUGAGAUGGUAAAGAUACUGGUGGAGUUCGGGGCAAACGUCUACGCCCGAGAUCAGCACAACAGGAAACCUGUGGAUUACACCACGCCCGGCUCUCCCUCUGCAACCUGCCUACACUUUUAUGAGACCACCCCCAUGAACCUGCAGCAGCUCAGCAGGUUGGCAGUGAGGAAGACGCUGGGAACCAGAGCUCUGGAGGUCAUCAUUCAACUCAACGCACCAAAACUCAUCAUCAGCUACCUCUGCUAUCAGUGAGUGGCACCCGGAGGACGACUAGUCCUGGGAGAAAAACACAGCAAAGGUGCCACUGUGUUAGACAUGAUUAUAGUAGACACACUGCUUAGUCAUAAGCACAAAGCUUCUCUUAAAGCUGCACUUUGACCUCAAGACUUGGGGGCUGAGACAGAGAUGAGUAUCCCAGCUCCUCUGUUGGAAUUGUUGAAGUUCUGGAUUUGCCCAAAAUGAAAUUAAUUCGUUGUGUUUGCACUCUAUUGACGUUGUCGUUCGGUUCCGGAUGUGGAUCGUGGAUCCGGACCUUUGAGGAGCCCCCGUCUAUGAUGCAAACAUACAUACUGACACAGGAAAUGAUAAUCCCACAAUAGAAACCCAAAUUGUCUCCUUAACAGCAGCUUCUUGUGGAAAAAGCUGCUCUUGCCACAGCUCCCUUUUGGUUUCCUUCACUGUAAACUGUCACGGUCACUAGCUUGGGUUGAUAAACAUGAGCACGCCGUGUUAAGAUGAUUUCUUUGCAGCAAAGUGCAGCAUAUAAAAGUCAUAAACAGCAUUUCAUGUUUAAAUAAAUAGAAGCGUAACUUGCACUACAAGAAAAGAGCGUACUUCUAAUAUGAGAGAUCAUUUUAGAUGUUUUUUUUUUCUUCAUUUGAACUAGAGAACAAGUGUCAAAGCUCAGGGAGAGGAAGAAGACAAAUGGCAUUGGUUUUUGGUCGAGAUGGUCCGAUACCGAUUCCGAUACCUGAACUUGCGUAUCGGACGACACCGAGUGCUGAUCCGAUACCAGUGUGUCAUAUAUUUUAUUAUGAUUUAAC